CUGUAGAGCCAAGCACGUGCCCGCGGCGGCCUUAGCGUGCGGCCGCUGCCACGCAACCCUCAUCGACUCCUCCUCCUCCUCCUCCAUCCUUCGUCAUCCUCGUCUCCCGUCAUCUGGGUCGGAAAAGUCCCCAUUGCGCACCACCUCUGACUAUGACAUUAACGGGGACCAACAACGCCAUCACCUUCACUGAGGUGGACGACGUGAACCAUCCUCGAGCGACGUACAUCUACUCCGCACCUGCAGCGGGCCCUGCACAUCUCAACCAUGGAAAGCGUGGGGACAGCUGGGGACGAGUGGACGUAGCGAAUGCCCCCUCUGGCACGGCAGCAGUAUCGUGGUCCCCCAAGACCCUUCUAGACUUCCUCAUCGACGUCUUCCUACCGGCUGGGUAUCCGCACAGUGUCACCGAUGAUUAUGUCCCGUAUCAGAUCUUUGACUCACUCCAAGCCUUCAGCAGCUCCAUUGCUGGUCUCUUGUCGUCAAGAGCAGUACUGCAAGGCGUCGGAGUCGGCAAUGCCAGUGCCUCUCCCACCUCGGCCCUACUGCUACACAUUCUCCAAGACUCCUCCGGCCGGGUAGCCACGAUUCUCUUCGCCCACCGGGUCGGCACCGCUCUCGAGCCGGAAUGCAAGAUGUACCGGCUCGCAGCGGAUGUGUUCAACGAUUUGGCCAUGAUCCUGGACUGUCUGUCGCCCAUGAUCCCAGCCGGAGCCCCUCGAGUCACCGUGCUCAGCACAGCCGGUGUCCUACGAGCUCUGUGCGGAGUCGCCGGGGGCAGUUCCAAGGCGAGUCUGAGUGCGCAUUUCUCCCGCUGGGGAAAUCUGGCCGAGGUCAACGCUGUAAGUCACCGGUGUCCUCCUCCCUCUCAAACACGGAGAACAUGGCCAUACUCAGCUCAUUAUCAUUUGCAGAAAGACUCGUCGCAAGAGACCAUCAUAUCACUCAUUGGAAUGCUUGUUGGAUCCUUCGUAGUCUCCCAUGUUACCGGCUUUGCCGCAACAUGGAUCUCCCUCCUGUUCCUUCUCGCUCUACAUCUGGGCAUGAACUAUGCGGCUGUCCGCUCCGUCCAAAUGACCAGUCUCAACCGACAACGCGCCAACAUCGUCUUCUCGACCCUGCUCGCCUCCGACCCAGACCUCAGCUCCCAAUUCCUCACCAUCCACCCCGACCACGAGCACCAGAAAAACGACACCCACGACCAACCCUCCUGGCGAACCCUAACCCCCGCCCAAGUCGCCAACCAGGAGAAAAUCUUCGAAAUCGACGGCAUUCUCCGCUGGUCCCAAGCAGCCGCAGCCCCUCAAACCCUCGGCUCCUGCCAGAUAGGCGUCUCCCUGCAGCAAUUCCUUGCCCCUUCCUCUUCUUCUUCCUUUUCCUCUUCCUCUUCCUCCCUCAUCCCAGGACUCCGCGCAACCCCCCGAUCCCUCCGAACCCCCAUCCCUUUACCACAUCUCUCCACCCUCUUCAGCGAAGAAUCCUACAUCCUCUACCUCAGCCCCACCAGUAAACGCAUCCGUGUCGGCAACUGGCAUGCCCGCAUCCUCCUCAAGAACACCAGCACGACCCACUCCCAGCUCAAGGCCUGGGCACAUGCCUUGCUUGCUGCGCGCAUUCUCUCGAGAUCAUCAUCUUCCUCCCAUUCUUCUGCGGCUGUUAGCACCGAGAAUGAGAUGCUUGAGUCCAUCGUGGAUGUUCUGGAUCGCACGCUGCAGUUCCUGAACGAGAACGGGAGGUUCGAGCGGUAUGUUGCUUCCUUGGUGGAUGCGGGGUGGGAUCCGAGUGUUGCUGCUUUGGAGACGAGGUCGGGGAGGAGGAUUGUGUUGUAGGUAGUCAGUUAGUCUGUCUAGCUCUCUGUAUAUGGGGGUUGGUUGUAGGGGUGGUGGUGGUUAUUGGAAGCAUGUACGAUAAAUAGUGCAAUCAAAGUUGUCCAGCGAAUCAGGCGAUUGCUUUCCUUAGAGAGUAGAAAAGCAUUCAAACCAUGGG